AUGGCCCCAUUCGAAGCGUUGUAUGGCAGACCUUGUAGAUCGCCAGUUUGUUGGCUUGAGUCAGAAGAUCGACUGACCCUUGGAUCGGAUGUUAUCCAGGAGAAUAAUGAAAAGAUAGCCGUGGUUCGAGAACGACUGUUAACGGCUCAGAGUCGUCAGAAGAGUUAUGCUGACAGGAGGCGUAGACCCUUAGAGUUCUCAGAGGGUGGUUUUGUCUUGUUAAGAGUCUCACCGCGCAAAGGAGUUACUCGUUUUGGUAAGUGUCAACCCAAUCCAGAAGCCAUUGUGCAAUGGUAUGACGUGCCGAUCCAGUAUGACACGACUUACAAGGAAACACCCAUACAGAUUCUUGACCGGAAGAUGAAAAGCCUACGUCAAUGUGAGAUACCGUUAGUGAAGGUGUUGUGGCAACACCAUGGCGUUGAGGAAGCAACGUGGGAAUUGGAAACGACGAUGCAGGAACGAUAUCCGUAUAUGUUCAUAUCAUGA